GGUCAAAAGACGUGUCAGAGUGUGUGGAGUUAAAUAAUCUCUCUGCAUCACUGUCACUGUCCAUGGUCAUUCUCUGCGUGGACAGCCGCUGACAUGUUUGGCACAGAGGAUGAGCGCAGAGCGCAGUGCUUGGCAUGACAUUACCACAACCGGACUCCAACUUGGCUGACAUCAUUGCGUCUGGCGAUAUAUAUGUCCGUAGUACCUCCUCCUUUUCCCCUCUCAUCCAUUUGGAGGAGCCCGUGUGUGGAGUCUGUGGCACUUAAUCAGAGAGCGCACCAAGGCAGGAGGCGGGCCAUCGGGCGUGAACGAAAUAGUAACAGUGAAGUGGAGAGACAGCAAGCAGUGUGUGGGACAACGCAGCCAGAGGAGCUACAUCAACACAUUCAUCCAUUUGGAGGACGUUUCUUUCAGCCUUUUUUUUUUACGCGUUUCUCUCUUGCAUCCACUCCUGGAUCAAGUGUUACUCUUCCGUCUCCGUCGAACACCUGCCAGUUCCGGCUCGUUUUUUAUAUGCGUCCGACUCGUUCGCCGCACAACAAUUUGUUGGAGAUGUCCAAAAAAAGAGCAGCCGAGCCGGGGUCCCGGGUGAAACACCAGCAUACUCUGGGCAAGAACAUGACGCGCCGCAUCCCUCGCUGCUUCUCGCUGGAGCCUGUAGAAUGAAGACGGCUUUUUAGCAAAUAAAAAAAAUCUAAAAGUCCAAGAGCGAGAGCGCAAAGAUGUCUGUGCCUUUGCUGAAGAUCGGCGUCGUGCUCAGCACCAUGGCGAUGAUCACCAACUGGAUGUCGCAGACCCUCCCCUCUCUGGUGGGGCUCAAUACCACCAAGCUGACGGCGGCGCAGGGAGGGUAUCCAGACCGGAGCACAGGAGUGUUGCCAGCAAACCCAGAGGAAUCAUGGCAGGUGUACAGUUCAGCCCAGGAUAGUGAGGGACGGUGUGUCUGCACCGUGGUGGCGCCCCAGCAGUCCAUGUGCUCACGGGAUGCCCGCACCAAACAACUGAGGCAGCUGUUAGAGAAGGUCCAGAACAUGACUCAGUCCAUCCAAGUGCUGGACCAGCGGACCCAGAGGGACCUGCAGUAUGUGGAAAAGAUGGAAGUCCAGCUUCGAGGUCUUGAAACUAAGUUCAGGCAGGUGGAGGAGAACCACAAGCAGAACAUCGCCAAGCAAUACAAGGCCAUAAAAGCGAAAAUGGAGGAGCUUAGACCGUUGAUACCAGUGUUGGAGGAGUACAAAGCCGAUGCCAAAUUGGUAUUGCAGUUUAAGGAGGAGGUCCAGAAUCUGACGUCAGUUCUAAGCGAACUUCAGGAGGAGAUGGGGGCCUAUGACUACGAGGAGCUCCACAACAGAGUGUCAAAUCUUGAGGAGAGACUCCGAGCAUGCAUGCAAAAAUUAGCAUGCGGCAAACUUACGGGCAUCAGUGAUCCCAUCACCAUCAAGACAUCUGGAUCCAGGUUUGGAUCAUGGAUGACCGACCCUCUGGCACCUGAAGGAGAUACACGGGUGUGGUACAUGGAUGGUUACCACAACAACCGCUUUGUGCGGGAGUACAAGUCGAUGCACGACUUCAUGACGUCGGACAACUACACGUCCCACCGCCUGCCCCACCCGUGGUCGGGGACCGGUCAGGUGGUCUACAACGGCUCCAUCUACUUCAACAAGUUCCAGAGCCACGUCAUCAUCAAGUUCGACUUCCGCACCUCCUCCAUCAGCAAGUCCCGGCAGCUGGACUAUGCGGGCUACAAUAACGCAUAUCACUAUGCCUGGGGUGGCCACUCUGAUAUUGACCUAAUGGUGGACGAGGGAGGCCUGUGGGCCGUCUACGCCACCAACCAGAACGCUGGUAAUAUUGUCAUCAGCAAGCUCAACCCCAACACCCUGCAGAUCAUCAAAACCUGGACCACUAACCACCCAAAAAGGAGUGCUGGUGAGUCUUUUAUGAUCUGCGGCACGCUUUACGCCACCAACAGCUACUCAGGAGGCACCAAGGUCUACUACGCCUACUCCACCAACUCCUCUACCUACGAGUACAUUGACAUUGCCUUCCAGAAUAAGUACUCGCAUAUCUCCAUGCUGGACUACAACCCACGUGACCGUGCCCUCUAUGCUUGGAACAAUGGCCACCAGGUCCUUUACAAUGUCACACUGUUCCACGUUAUCCGCUCAGAGGAACUGUAACCAAGGAAAAAUGGAUUACAUACAUUAAAUACGUAUCGUCUGUGUAGAGAGCUCCCUGUAUACAAAAAAAUAUAUCUUCUAAAGAAAAGAGACUCAAUGGCGAGGCCAUUUUAUUUAUAAUCAAAUAACGUCUAUGGAGCGACUGAAUCAACAGUGAAUGCAAAGUGGAUUGAAUGUGCAUAUACAUGAAAAAAAAUCUUAAAUUGAAGGGUUUCAUUCCAAAAUGUGAUAUUUGUCAAAGAAAAAAAAGAGAGAAAAACUGCUUUGUCCGUUGAUGUCAAAGUCACGGAUGACGGAUCAAAACAAAGCUGUACAUAAAAGACUUACAAAGUUACCCAUAGUAGACUUUAUUUUGAUAGCUGCCAUCAUUUUGUUAGAGGUAUUUUAUUUUGGAAUGAAACUCUUUUUUUCUUUUCUUUUCUUUUUUUUUUGCCGCAUAGAAAAUGAUUGUAGACUACACAGUAUAUCAGAUGUUAGAGAAUAAGAGCAGAUGCCAAAAAAGAAAAUCACACCUUUUUUUUUUACAU